GGCAGCGAUGCGUGGAAUGUGUUAACCAUAUGAUUAUGUUCAAACAAUUGUCAUUUGAAAGAAAUUUUAGUUGUGUUAAUUAUUAUCAAGAUAAAUGAGAAUUUUUCUUUGUAAAUUAUUAUUUUGUUUAAACUACCUCAAUUAAUAUCUGAUUUACGACAAUGAAUUCUAUAGCAAAACAACGUUGUCCUUUUAUGGAAAAAUGUUAUCGGAAAAAUCCGAUUCAUUUCAGUGAAAUGUCACAUCCACACUUGGAGAAAUUACUGAUCAACCAGCUGGACGGAAUUAUUGAAAUACCUGAGGUUCUCCAUUUUACAUGUGAUGAUCGUACACAAUUGAUGGAUCAAUUAAAAGUACUACAAAUGGUGCUUAGAAAGGAGAGAGACAAAAAUAAAGUGAAUCCAUUAGAUGCUAAAAAAGAUUUGAAAGAAAAAAUAGAGAAACAUAAGAAAGUAAUGACGCAGAGAAGGGAAGAUAAGCUCAAACAAAUGCAUGCAGAAGCACAAGCACUUUCUAGAGCUUUGAGCAGUGAUGAAUCUUCAGAAAGCAAAACAAGGAAGAGAAGUCAAGAACCAUCGAGUUCCUCUGUAAGAAAGAAGAUAAAACAGAUGAGUUUAGAGAGCAAUGAUGACAUUAGUGAUUCUCAGCAAGAUAUUAGUGAUUAUCAAAGCAGUUCUACAAGUAAUGCGAGCUCCCGUGCAGGAACAUCCAUCAUGGAUAUGUAUCAAGCUUGCAAUUCUGAAAAAUCUAGGAAAGAAGUCAGACAGAAAGCCAUUCAAAUGAUGAGACGUUCUGGACACAUGGUAUCAGUUGUGGAACCAGGAGAAUUUGCAAUAAAAUAUGCCUUCUCAGCGCCUUACCACUUAUUUUUCACAAGAAUUGAAAAGUCUAAGGAAACUUAUAAUCAACAAUUUUCCAUCACUUUUCCUGAGAUUCUCGAUAGAAGUCUUGGAGAGAUUGUCAACAGUCUUCAUCUGAAUUUUAUGGUUGAUGUUGGUUGGCUAUGUUUGCAGUAUCUGUUGGCUGGUCAACGCACUGACAUGUUGAUACUAUAUGGUGAUAGAGUAGAUCAUGAAAAAUUGGGCAGCAACAUUACUAUGAUACAUGUAGACAUGCCGAACAAGUUUGGCUGCCAUCAUUCCAAGAUUAUGAUUUUGCAAUACAAAGAUGAUGGAAUUCGAGUGGUUGUCUCUACUGCUAAUUUGUACUCUGAUGACUGGGAGAAUAGAACACAAGGCCUGUGGAUAUCGCCGCAUCUACCUCUGCUUCCGGAAUCUGCAAAUCCCAGCAAUGGAGAAUCUCCAACGGGCUUCAAGAAGGAUCUCGAGCGAUAUUUGAGUAAAUAUAGACACCCGGCUUUAACACAGUGGAUAUGGGCGGUGCGGAAGGCAGACUUUUCUGCCGUGAAUGUGUUUCUCGUCGCUUCUGUUCCUGGAACCCACAAAGAUAUUGAAGUCGAUUUUUGGGGACACAGAAAACUAACAUAUGUUCUAUCGCGUCACGCCACACUGCCGCCGGAUGCUCCUCAGUGGCCUAUAGUCGCGCAAAGCUCCAGCAUCGGCAGUCUUGGUCCAAAUUUUGAAAGCUGGUUGUCGAAAGAAAUAGUUCCGUGUAUGUCGAGAGAAACUACUAAAGGUUUAAAGAGUCAUCCGAAUUUCCAGUUUAUUUACCCAUCGGUAGAAAAUUACAAGCAGAGCUUUGAUUGCCAAAAUUUGUCAUGCUGUUUGCCAUACAGUGCACAAGUGCAUUCAAAACAAGAGUGGAUAGAAUCUUAUUUAUGCCAUUGGAGAGCUAUGCGAACAGGACGAGACCGCGCGAUGCCCCAUAUUAAAUCUUACACAAGAAUUUCGCCCGACUUUAAAAGUAUUCCUUGGUUUGUGCUCACCAGUGCAAAUCUGAGCAAAGCUGCCUGGGGAGUUCAACGAAGCAACCAUUAUAUAAUGAGUUAUGAAGCCGGUGUUAUAUUUAUACCAAAAUUCAUCACGAAGACAACGACAUUUCCAAUUGAGGAGGAAGAGGAUCCAGCCGUUCCGGUAUUCCCCAUUCCAUACGAUCUUCCAUUGUGCCGAUACGAUUCGAGUGACAAACCUUUCGUUAGCGAAUUUCUUAGUGCUAUGAGUAAAAGAUAAUUUUGACCAUUGUUUUUUUUUUACCACUUUUGAACAAUAAAAUAUUUUUUAACAGUAAA